UCGCAAUCGCGUAUUUUUCUAGUGGGGGGGGGGGGAUAGAUCUAGGGAAAUUCCCAAAAUUUAGGGAUUUUCCCUCCCACCACCACUAAAAUAAGCGUUUGUGACGAAUUUAGUGUUUCCCAUACGGAAACCACGCACUCACUGCAUCCCCAAGCUUGUUUUGGGAGAGAAGCGUAGUGAACCCACCAAACGAUGCUCUCCUCACCAUCUGCUGUGGCGCCGGAGGCCAUCUGCGCUCACAAAAACCGCCUACACCACACUGAUGCCCGCUCUCUCUAGUAGGUUGUCACCUCAUCGCAAGGUUUCUGUCCUCCAAGUAGAGUCCGUGGCACCAAACACAGUGUAUCUUCAUUGUUUAUCACUGGCACAAGUAAAACCACCGGCUAGCCGUGAUCCAUCCAACGCCACGCCUUAAACAGUACUGCGGGUUCUACAGGAAGUGCAGGCUCUCGAACCUCCUGCCCGAGCUGUUCGAACACGUGAAUCCUUACUGACCGCAUUUUGAAUCUGCUUCAUGGGUUUGUAUUCCCAGUAUACAAGGUGAUUGUGGAUAUUGACUCUGCGCCUCCAGAAUACGAUAAUACGCCUCCAUAUAUCAUAGUUAAAAAAACAAAGUACUUAAAAGCAAAGAAGAAGCCGAAUUAAUCCCCUUCCCCCAACGAUCUUGGGGGACCCGCGUGAACUCGGGGUAUUUGGAUGGGGGAGCAUAUUUAAACUACUCCAACCGAACUUUAUGACCUGUGCCCCCCUCAAUCCCCCUGCUAACCAAGGGGGGGUGGACCCCCCCCUUCUUAAAGUAUCCCAACCGAACAGCUAACUGAGGGACAUUGAACACAAGUAACCUGCGUUCAAACCUGCUUCACGCGUUCGUACGUGAUACCAAACCUGCUUCACGCGUUCGUACGUGCUACCGCAGCAGCAGCAGUAACAGUGAUGGCAGAAAGACCAAUGACCCAAGGGGGGGAUGGCAUGGACAGGCCUCUCUCCCGGCCAGACACACGCCACUCCUCUGCCUUUGGUGACCGCCCGGCUACCCGAACGGGUAGUAGUACCAGCCGCCCUACCACCUCCGGCCGCCCUGUGACAGCCCGACCAGUGAGUGCUGCACUGCGAGGGGCUCCCGGCACAGCAUCUCGACUCCUCUCCACUGCCAGCCUUCAGCGGCCUGGUACCCGUACUGGUGUGGCCACAGGCAAAGGCUUCACCACACCAAUAAAUGUCCUGGACCGUCCCAUCACCCAGCAGGGCCUAAGUGGUAUGAAGACAGGCUACCGUGGGCCUCAGCGCCAGGUCCAAGACAAGAGCUACUUUUUGGGCCUGCUCAGGACACGCAUCGCUGAUCUGGGGACAGAGAUGGGGCGGCUUGGCUCAGAGAUUGAACUCAUGAAGCAGGAACAGAGCACUUUCCUCACCUAUGACAAGAGAGUCAAGGAAAUGGCACAGGAGCUUACUGAGCUGCAGGGAACCUUGGCCGACUACAACCUUCUUGUGGACUUGAUCAACACUGAUGUUGAGCGUGCUGAGGUGGACCUUGAGACAAAGGAAUUGCAUGAAACCAACCAACAGGAAGCUGAGCAGUUGGAUGCCGUGUUCACCAUUAAGCAGGACCUUGAGACCACCAUGAGGCAGCUGGAGAAUGAGAUAGAGGAGGAACGUCAUGCAGGUGAGAGUCUGGUGGAGGCCAUGCACCCAGAGCUGCGGCACAAGUACAUGGAGGUGCGGUCUGCCAACACUUCCCUCCUGCAGCAGCUUGAUCAUAUGCAGCACGAGCUGGACUCCCUUGACUCACGCAAGGCAGCACUUGAGGAUGAAUUAGCAACUUCCAAGGUGAAGCAGGAUGCUGUGGUGCUAUACAGCCGGUUGGCAGAGCUGCAGGAGAAGAAGAAUGAAAUCAUAACACAGAACCAGCAACGGGGGACACCCAAGGAGGAGCGGGAGAAGCUACUGCGGCAGGUGAAAGAGGACAACUCGGAGAUCGCCACAAUGGAGCGGCAGAUAAGUGAGGUGCAAGAGCAGAUCAGACAGCUGCAAGAUGAAUGUCAGCAGAUGGAUCAGGAGCUGGAUGAGAACAAGAGUGAGAGGAGCCAGAAGUACCGAGAACUGAGAAAGAGAGAGGAAACUAUGGACCACUUUCUCUCCACCUUUGAGGAUGCCAAAAAGGAGGAGCUGAUUCGUCUGGAGACCUUAGAGAACAACAAUGUGGCUCUUUUGGAAAAGCUUUCACGGCACCUCGCACACUUUAAGCAGCUACCCAGUUCCAAUGAGUUUGAAAUAAUGCGGUCUGAUCUAGCCUUUAAGGAAGGUGAGCUGGAGAAGUCCAAAUUUACAGAGCAAGGACUCCAGAGUGAGAACCUCAACCUCCAAGCAAACCUACAAAAGAUUGAGGCUCUGGAGAGCAAAGUGCAAAAGGAGAUGGAGGACCUAAAAGAAAAGUUGGCUAAGAUGAACCAGGAGAUUAUUGAGUAUUCUGACCUAGAUGGACUAAGGACAAGAGCUGAUGAGAAGCGUAGACAGCUGGCUCAGGAUAAAGAGCAACUGGAGACCAAGAAGACUUCCAUCACACAGUCCCUUCGUGAAGUCAAUGAUGCAGUCACUUCUCUUAAGAACCAGCUACAUGAAAACGAAACUCAUACACAGCUGACUAACUUAGAGAAGAAAUGGAGUCACCUGGAACAAACAAAUUUUAGUCUGAGGGAGUUUGUGGCACAACGCAGAGCAGAGUCCAAUUUUCUACCAGUCAAAACUCAAGCCAUGAAGCUGGUAAAAGAAUACAGCCAUGCCCUGCAAGAGGUGGUUUUGAGUGGCUCAUCCCUUAUGUAAAUUCUAAAUUCCACCAUUCUGUAUGAGGGUAGGAUUGAGGUAGAGAGUAUCAAGGGGAGACAACCAGUGAAAUGAAUUAACUGAGUGGGCAAAAGAUUGAAUUUACUGAAUAGGAGUGCUGGAGCAAGGGAAACUGGAGAUGCUUCUGGCAUGGCCAUCGCCUUAGGGGAAGUUCCCAUAAUAAGCCAAGGCAGUGAAGAUAUUGAUGUAUAGUUUCUUGGGGUAUGACCUAUUGUUUAAUUAAAAAUUACUUCAUAUAUACAUAAAAAUAUAUAUGUAUCAAAGAAAUAAAAUUAUUUAAGAAUAUUAUUUCAUAAUAUAUUUUAAUAGAGACCAAGUAGUAACAUGGAUGAAAAUUGUACACAGAAAAUUCAUUCACAUUAUAUGCAGUAUUUGUUGUAGUUGGUUUAAGUAUUUACAAAAAAAAUAAAAAAUAAAAAAAUAAAAA